AUGUGUGAGAAAGGGAGGAGGAUCAGGGAGCUGACCUCUGUGGUGCAGAAGAGGUUCAAGUUUCCGGAGAACAGCGUUGAGCUGUAUGCUGAGAAGGUUAACAACAGGGGUCUUUGCGCCAUUGCCCAGGCCGAGUCCCUUCGUUACAAACUCCUUGGUGGCCUUGCUGUUAGAAGGGCAUGCUAUGGUGUUUUGAGGUUCGUUAUGGAAAGUGGGGCCAAGGGAUGUGAGGUGAUUGUUAGUGGCAAACUGAGGGCUCAGCGUGCCAAGGCCAUGAAGUUCAAGGAUGGGUACAUGAUUUCUUCUGGUCAGCCCGUGAAAGAGUAUAUCGACUCGGCUGUUAGGCACGUUCUUCUCAGACAGGGGGUACUUGGCAUCAAGGUGAAGAUCAUGCUCGACUGGGAUCCCAAGGGAAAGCAGGGCCCCACAACCCCUCUUCCAGAUCUUGUCACGAUUCACCCACCAAAGGAAGAGGAGUUCAUCAAGCCAGCAGCAGCUAUUGUGCCAACUGAAGUUGAGGUUCAAGCUUAG